UGAAGCCUCAGGCCAGAUGCUGAAGCGCUGCAAUUCCUGCUGUCUCCUGAUGGAAAUACAGCGUUGCUGAUGUGCCUGAGGUUUUCUGCUUCUUCUCUGCUGUCCUGUGGGUGCAGCAGCAUCACCCUGGCAGAUCUGACUGCUGCAAUUCCCCACUGACGCAGGGGUGUUUUCCAGGCGCUUUGCAACCUGUGCCACUGGCAGCUGGUUAGGGAAAGAGGACAUGGGCCAGCCAAAGCUCCAGUGGUCCUUUCUCUCCUUCUCACUCUCAGGUGUUAGACGUGAGGCUUGCUUGGACCCUGGCUACAAGGCUUUGCCAAUUGCUUCAGUGGUCCCAGACCUGCCCUGGGAAAGACAUCUUGCCCCAGAGAGGCCAUCAGGCAGCAUGCAAGCUGACGUGGCAGAGGCCAGCAGCAUGGUCCCUGCAGUCUGACAGGAAGAUGCCGGGGGGAUUGAAUGUCUCUUCUGACAGCCCGGAGUUACGAGCAGCAGGGAUUAUUGUGCCUGUCAUCUUCUCCCUCAUCUUCCUCAUGGGUACUGUGGGGAAUGGGCUGGUGCUGGCUGUGCUGCUAUGGAAUGGCCAAGUCAAGUACUCCACCACCAACCUCUUCAUCCUCAACCUGGCUGUGGCCGACCUGUGCUUCAUCAUCUGCUGUGUCCCUUUCCAGGCCACCAUUUACACCCUGGAUGGGUGGCUCUUCGGGGCCUUUGCCUGCAAGGCUGUGCAUUUCCUGAUCUACCUCACCAUGUAUGCCAGCAGCUUUACCCUGGCUGCUGUCUCUGUUGACAGGUACUUGGCCAUUCGCUACCCACUGAAGUCCCGGGAUCUCCGCACAUCCCGAAAUGCAGGAGUGGCCAUUGUGGUAAUCUGGUCACUGUCACUGCUCUUCGCAGGGCCUUACCUCAGUUACUACCAGAUAAUCCAUUACCACGGUGUGCCCAUCUGUGUCCCCAUCUGGGAGGACCAGCACCGAAAGGUUCUGGACAUCGUCACGUUUGUGUUUGGAUACCUGCUGCCCGUGACCGUGGUGAGCCUGGCAUACACUAGGACCAUCAAGUUCUUGUGGACCUCUGUAGACCCCAUAGAAAGAAUCUCAGAGUCUCGGAAAGCCAAGCGUAAGGUCACCAAGAUGAUUGUCACUGUGGCCAUCCUGUUCUGCCUCUGCUGGUUGCCCCACCACCUGGUCAUCCUCUGCUUCUGGUUUGGCCACUUUCCCUUCAACCGGGCCACAUACGCUUUCCGCCUGGCUUCCCACUGCCUUUCCUACACCAACUCCUGCCUCAACCCCAUUGUCUAUGCCCUCAUCUCCAAGCAUUUCCGCAAGCGUUUCAAGCAGGUCUUCACCUGCCUCUUCUUCCAGAACAAGAUCAGGAAGAGGAAGAAGAAGAGAGUUGGAAGGAAAUUCCAUAUGGUCAAUGUGGAAAGAGGUUUCGCGAACAGGACGGGAGCUUUCUAUGGAGGCAACAGUGAGGUGACCCAAGUCUCAGAGGAGAACACCAGGAAGAGGGACCUUGAAGGUGCCACUUGUGCCAGAGCAUGGACUCGGCAGGUACAAGAUGCCGUGGUCUCUGUUCAGAAGGAGCUGCUGGAGGAGGGAAGUUUGGCAACAGCUGGCCAUUCCCUAGACAUGACCCCUCUAAGGGGAACUGUAGGAGAAGACCAAGAAGAAGCCCUAGAAAAGGGCUAGAGAGGCAAGAAAGAAGUCUCCAUUUGCAUCACAUUUUCUGACCACGUCACAGGGGUUUCACUUUCCUCCAGGAUCAUCACGCCCACACCUUAUCCCCACUGAGAUGGUUUUAUGUUGGCAGUGAGAGAUGAGCUCACUCAUUCAGACCCAUUAAACUGAAUUCAAGUCCCCCAGAACUCCUCAACCACCUUCUCCACAAUCCUGUAGCCAUGUCUGAGACCUGCCGUCAUCCCAGCUCAAUAUUCACGGUAAACUUCAAGUGACUGCAACAGCCCUCCUUUUUCUUAAUUAUGUAUGGCGUUUAAUUAGUGCUGUGUGAAUCCUGAAUAUGUAACUCUUAAUGUGAGGCAGAUCUGCACCUAUGAUUUCUUAAGAGACGGUGAAAGAUGGGAAGCUCAGCAAAAAGUGUUCAGGCAAAGCUGUGACAUUGUGGGACACCCAGACUUCCACACUGAAGCUGGGAAACAAUUACAGGUUCUCAUGGCACCAGUAGGUGUCCUGAGCCCUGCAUGGGCUACAAAAUCCUCUGGUGUCCUCACUUGUCCCCAGGCACGGUGCUGGAAGUUGUGUCAAAAGUAAAGGGGUUUUGGCCCCAGCCAGUGCUGUAGGCAUUGUACCGUGGGGCUGGGUGACAUCAGGCAGCUUGCAGAGCUGUGAUGUGCAUGAGCAGAGCCGUGAUCUCCCCCUUAUUUCUCUUCUUUUUCUGUUCCCUACUUCUGUUUGUGUAAAUCUUUCCCUAUUGCUUUGUCCUGCCCACUCUUAAUUCCCAGGUGACGUGGCAUUUCUAACGCUCACUGAAGCUGUUGUAUGCCUUGCUAGAGCUCAGCUCCAAGGAUAUCCCUUUUUUUGUGCAGAAGCCAACUGAAGAGGAAGGCCAACUGCGCUAGGAAUUACUUUCUUUUUCCAUUCAAGUGCUUGAUGCUGCUUUCUGCACUUUGAGCCUCCCUUGCCUCUAUUUUCUGAUUUUUCCACCUCUCUCCUUUCAUGGUGGCUGCCACUCCUCUACAGCAGAUGUCUUUCAGAAACGUGUCCAGUGUGCCUUACCCACCUUCCUGGGAACAGCGAGUUCUGCAACCACCCUUGGCACAUGAUGCCAUAGCUGGUGGCCAGCUCUCAUGGCCUCAUCAUUUCUACAGGUGAAGACUCACUCCACAGCCCAAAGCAUUGAAGGGAGAAGGGAACAGCAGUCAGGAACAAUGAUGUGGUACAGCUGGACGCUGCCUGUUCUUGCCCAGAUGCAGCUGGGCUGUUUCUCACCCCUGAUCCUGCUCCUCCUGGUCCCAGCUUGCAAAAGGAGCAGAUCAGAUCAGAACUGACUGCUGCACAUUGGGGUGAAGCCUAAAUGAAACAGGACAGAGAGGACAGGGAAGAUCUUGGGGAAAAGGUGCAUUUAGCAUGACAAGUGGCUGCAAGCCCUGGGUCCCUUCGCUAAGCUCUGCCUGGUGCUAAGCCCUGAUUUUGGGGAGCACAUGAGCAGGAAGGGUAGGCACUGAUCCUGGGUUGGGAAGGCUCUGGAGCCAGAAGGGAAUUCCUGUCUAUCCGGUAACAGUGUACAUGCUCCAACUGGUUUCUCAGCUCAAAAGCAGAGGUGAAGCAAAGAUGUCACAUCCUUGAUACAGAGUCAGGUUUAAUUAAAGCUGAAGGAGCUUGAUUGCUGCUUUCCACGCAGCCUUCCCUCCAGACUAAUUGGCAUUCUGCAGUCUCUGCUCCCAACCUCUUGCCUUAACUAAUUACUCUUUUCUCUUAUUUUCUAUCCUACUUUUUAUUACUCAGGCUGACAAGCUCAUCUUUAACCCUGCAGGGGCUGGUUUGCCACAUCAGUAGAGUGCUGCUGUUCCAAGAUCUGGAACAGGAUAAAUGAAACCGGAGAGGUGUGAGCAGGUCAGGGCUUUGCAUCUAGUGGUCAGCACCAGCCCUUCUCUGUGGAGUGACUUAGUCCUGCCAACUGUGUGCUGGUUCUGGUGUCUGGCAUCUCCCUGACAUGUGUGACAUGAGUCUGACACCACUGGGAGGUGUCAGACCCAGGUGCCAAGAAGCUCAUCCUGCUUAUGACCCUGUGUGUACAUCUGGCAGCCCUGGGAAGGGAAUUCUGGUUAUUUCCUUUUGGGUUUAGCUGCUGGCUCCUAAUCCAUGAGCAGCCGUAACAGGUUGCCAGCUUAUUAUUUUAACUCUUCCAAUAACCAUGUGCUCUCCUCCCCUCUAAGAGAUUUCAUUAAAAAAGCCCAGAGGAACGUUGUUUCCCACACCUCCUUUAUCAUCUUCUUAAUCAAAACUUGCUGAUUCCUCCACCUAGUCGCCCCACGGGCCCUGGCCUGCACGGGGCUGCUCCCCCAGGCUGGCCAGGCACAAUGCAUGAAGAAGGCAUCUUUCUGUAAGUACCUUUCUGUGAUGGAAGAGAUCUUUGCUCACAGAGUGAGCAAAGGAAGCAGGUGAAAGGGUGGGAAAUUUGCCAAAGAUGUUUCAUGGGGCUUCCUUAGCAGCGCAGAUAAUUGCCGUGCUGGUUUUGGAAUCUGCUAGAAAGGCAAAGGUGGAGGAAGUAAACGAGUUCACUGUUGGAGAUUAAUUAUUUCAGCUGCUGAAGAGCUGAACAAAUUCUCGAUGUUCACACACCUUGCAGUGUGCGCUUUGCAUUCGAUUGUGUGGGUGAAGUGGCUGCUCCAGAGAAAGGUCAUUUGCUUAGUAACAUCCAUGCAGCUUUGCUGGGAGGCCUUGUCAGGGCUGUUGCUUCUCUGUGGGUCCUCUGUGAGACACAAGCAGGUUCUCAGCUCUUUUCUUAUUUGAGCCAGAUCCUCAGUCUGGCUGGUUUUGAUUGCAUCUUACAGCACAGCAGCUGCUGCAGAGCUAGGGAGGUUGCUACUGGGUUCAAUGGCUGGGAAUUCAGCAUAUCACAUGCUCUGAAUUAGAAGGGGAAACAAAGUGUAUUUGGAGGUCAAGCAGUGGUGAGAGGGAAGCAAAGCCUAAAGUCCCAGUUGAUAUCGUGGCCCUGAGAACAGGGAUGAAUCAUUGCUCAGGAAGGGAUCUGGGGGGUGCAUUUGAUGGUGUAGCACAAAGAAAAUGAGGAGGUUGGACUGAUUUUAAUAGCAAAAUAAAUAGC